AUGAGCACCGCUUCGCGCCCAUAUUACCGUCACGGUUCUCCACUAUCAGUAUUCAACCCAGCUCAAGGCUUUGCUGCCGACGCUCCCAUGAUGCAGCGCAUCGACGUAGGCGAUUCGUCCGACGAUGAGAUUCCGCCGCCCAUGAAGUUUAGCGCCCUGACGAGGGCUCUGCUCGAGUCUGAGGAGGGCAUUGAACAAUCCUCACCGAAACAGGACACGGCGCGCGACUACGAGACGCCUAGUAGAGCGCCGCAAUUGAAGAUUGUGCGCAACAACGAUCACAUGGCUGUACGUCCUGCACCGGAAUACCAAAGACAAACACGUCCCUCUUCGAGAACCCAACACGAUGCGACCGAGGACCAAGAGAACAUCCCCCCUCCAACCUUCAAGCGCGACAGACACCACGAUUUCAAGUACCUCGGAAAGCCGGACAAGCUUGCUCUGCAUGUCAAAUCUCAACCCGUCGAAGAGACUCCCAUUUCGCAUCAAUCACCUCGCAGAGCACUCACAACGAUCAGCAACAACACUCCUGUCAGACCUGCUCCCCCUCCACCACCAAAGAUGAGCGUUCUGGAUGCUGCCACGAAGACUGCUGGAGCCAGCACCACAAAGAGCAAGAAACGACGCCAACACAUUCUCAUCAAUGGAAAAUUGUUUACCCAAAUGAACAAGGUCGGAAAAGGUGGCAGCAGUGAUGUUUACUGUGUCAUGGCUGAAAAUUACAAACUCUUUGCCUUGAAAAAGGUCAAGCUCGAAGAUUGUGAUGAAUCAGCCAUGCGCGGCUUUAAAGGCGAGAUCGAUCUUCUCACCAAGCUUGCAGAUGUCGAGCGUGUCAUUCGGCUCUUUGACUGGGAGCUGGACAAUGAGAAACAAAUCCUCAGCGUGCUGAUGGAGAAGGGCGACCAGGAUCUGAAUCGCAUUCUGACAAUUGCACUUAACGGUACCGAUCCCAAAUUUGACCCUGUUUUGACCCGCUUCUACUGGAAAGAAAUGCUUGAAUGCGUUCAAGCUGUUCACGACUACGAUAUUGUUCACUCGGAUCUUAAACCCGCCAACUUCCUUUCUGUACAGGGAAAACUCAAACUCAUUGACUUCGGUAUUGCAAAUGCCAUCGAUAUUGCGCAUACAGUCAAUGUUCACCGCGACUCGCACAUUGGAACACCCAAUUACAUGUCACCAGAGAGUAUCCUGGAUACAAAUGCUCCCACACCUGGCAGCGAACGCACUUCGAAUAAUGGCAGUCGGCUGAUGAAGAUUGGCAAGCCUUCGGAUGUCUGGUCUCUUGGAUGUAUCUUGUAUCAGAUGGUGUAUGGUCGCCCACCUUUCGCCCACAUUGCCAACCAAAUCAGUCGUAUCAUGGCUAUUACGAAUUCGAAAGUUGUGAUUGAAUUCCCGGACAAGGGUGUGGGUGGUGUCACAGUCCCAUCAGCUUUGAAGGGCACUCUUCGGCGAUGCCUGCAGCGCGACCUGCAUGCUCGCCCAACAGUCAAGCAGCUCCUCAGUCUUUCUGACCCAUGGCUGUAUCCGGACGUUGGCAACGCCGUCGCCAUGAGUGAAGAUCUGCUUGCACAAAUUAUCGACAAAGUUGUUGAGAGAUGCAAAGACCCCAAACGUGGCAUUCCAUCUCCUGACGAGGUCAAACAAUACCCGGCCAGUUUCAUGUCCAAGAUCCGGGAGAUGGUCGAACGUGAGGGCGUCGUUGGGUGA